UUUUCCUCCAUGUAGAUGCUGCCCUUUUGGACACUGAGCCUUCUCCUGGUAACCACAGUCACAGGAAAAGAGAUCUGCUAUAGACCCCUGGGCUGUUUUUCCGAUGAAAAGCCAUGGACUGGAAUUGUACAGCGGCCUUUGAAGUUAUUUCCCUGGUCCCCCAGAGAUAUUAACACCCGCUUUCUUCUGUACACAAAUGAGAAUCCAAACAACUUCCAGCUGAUCACAGGCACUGAUCUAGACACUGUGGAGGCUUCAAACUUCCGCCUGGACCGCAAGACACGUUUCAUCAUCCAUGGCUUCAUCGACAAGGGGGAGGAGAGCUGGCUGACAGACAUGUGCAAGAACAUGUUUAAAGUGGAGCAAGUGAACUGCAUCUGUGUAGACUGGAGCCAAGGAUCCCGGACAGAAUACACCCAAGCCGUCCACAAUAUUCGGGUGGUGGGAGCUGAGAUCGCCUUCCUGGUCCAACAGCUGUCGACACAGCUGGGCUACUCACUGGAGGACGUGCACCUUAUCGGACACAGCCUGGGCUCACACGCUGCGGGAGAGGCCGGCAGGAGGCUGGGAGGCCACGUGGGCAGGAUCACAGGGCUGGACCCAGCAGAGCCAUGCUUCCAGGGCACCCCUGAGGAGGUUCGGCUGGAUGCCUCAGAUGCCAUGUUUGUGGAUGUGAUUCACACAGAUGCAGCACCCAUCAUCCCUAACCUCGGUUUUGGAAUGAGCCAAAAGGUAGGCCACCUGGAUUUCUACCCCAAUGGAGGGAAGCAAAUGCCUGGGUGUCAGAAGAACAUCCUUUCAACCAUCAUUGACAUAAACGGAAUCUGGGAAGGAACCCGAGAUUUUGUAGCUUGCAACCACCUUAGAAGCUACAAAUAUUACUCAAGCAGCAUCCUCAACCCAGAUGGCUUUACGGGCUACCCCUGUUCCUCUUACAAUGAAUUUCAGGAGAACAGCUGUUUCCCUUGUCCAGCUGGAGGAUGCCCCCAAAUGGGGCACUAUGCUGACCAAUUUCAGGGAAAAAACAGUGCUGUGGGACAAACCAUUUUCCUGAACACAGGAGAGAGUGGUAACUUUACUCGUUGGAGAUACAGAGUAUCAGUCACACUGUCUGGGAAGAAGAAAGUGAGUGGAUACAUCAGAGUUUCUUUGUAUGGGAACAACAGAAACUCAAAGCAAUACGAAAUUUUCAGGGGAUCCCUCAAACCAGAUGCAACUUAUACAAGUGACAUUGAUGUGGAUCUCAAUGUUGGGCAGAUUCAGAAGGUUAAGUUCCUCUGGAACAACUACGUGAUAAAUCUUUUCUGGCCCAAAGUGGGAGCUUCCAAAAUCACAGUGCAAAGUGGUGAUGGGACAGAGUAUAAAUUCUGCAGCAGUAAUACCAUUCGAGAAGACGUUCUGCAAUCUCUCUACCCCUGCUAGGAAUGUGGUGCUGUUCCUAAGUCCUUUUGGUAAUAAAC